GCAGUUACUUUUUAAAGCCGCUCGCAGCUGCUCUGGGGGCGGAGUGUCCGCGAAGUGCUGCGCCGAUUGGGGCGCCUGCUUGGAGGAAGAGAUAUGGCGUGCUUGUUGGAGGCCCCUCUCCGCAUCAGUGUUCUGUCUGAAGUCACUGCCACCAGUCGCCAUUAUGUUGACCGACUGUUCGACCCUGACCCACAGAAAGUGCUGCAGGGAGUCAUUGACAUGAAGAAUGCUGUCAUAGGAAACAAUAAGCAGAAGGCCAAUCUGAUUGUCCUUGGAGCUGUACCGAGGCUACUUUACCUGCUCCAGCAAAGCUCAUCAAGCCUGCAGUUGAGGACAGAGUGUGCCGUGGUGCUGGGCAGUCUAGCCAUGGGCACUGAGAACAACAUCAAGUCCUUGGUGGACUGUCACAUCAUCCCCACUCUGCUUCAAGGUCUCUUGUGUCCAGAUCUGAUCUUCAUUGAAGCCUGUCUUCGAUGUCUCAGAACUGUCUUCAUCAGUCCAGUUACUCCUGUGCAGCUGCUGUACACAGACCCCACUGUGAUUCCCCAUCUGAUGUCUCUACUAAGUAGCUCCCAGAGAACGCAGGAGUACAUCACUCAGAUCUUCUCCCACUGUUGUAAGACCCCAGAGCACCAAACGGUUCUUUUUAACCAUGGCGCCAUCCAGAAUAUCGCCCCUCUGCUUAUUUCGCCCUCUUAUAAGGUCCGGAUGCAAGCAUUAAAGUGUUUCUCAGUCCUGGCCUAUGAGAACACUCUGGUCUCCAUGACACUGGUGAAUGUGUUAGUGGCUGGUGAGCAGCUCACUCAGGUAUUUGUUAAAAUGAUGCAAAGGGAUCAACCCGUUGAAAUGCAGCUAACAGCAGCCAAAUGUCUAACCUACAUGUGUCGAGCAGGUGCCAUCAGGACAGACGACAGCUGCAUAGUGCUUAAGACGUUGCCCUGCCUCGUGCGGAUGUGCAGUAAAGAGCAUUUACUUGAGGAGAGAGUGGAGGGUGCAGAGACACUAGCCUACCUGAUGGAGCCUGACGUGGAGCUGCAGAGGAUCGCGAGCACCACUGACCACCUGGUGGCCAUGCUGGCCGACUACUUUAAGUACCCCAGCUCUGUGUCUGCCAUCACUGACAUCAAGAGGCUGGACCAUGACCUUAAACAUGCGCAUGAGCUGAGACAAGCUGCUUUCAAGCUCUACGCCUCCCUGGGCUCUAAUGACGAGGACAUCCGCAAAAAGAUCACAGAGACAGAAAAUAUGAUGGACCGAAUAGUUAGCGGCCUAUCAGAAUCCAGCAUUAAAGUGCGUUUGGCAGCAGUGAGAUGUCUUCAUAGUCUUUCCCGGUCAGUACAGCAGUUGAGGACCAGCUUCCACGAUCACGCUGUGUGGAAACCCCUCAUGAAGCUGCUGCAGAACGCCCCUGAUGAAGUCCUGGUGAUGGCCUCCUCUACGCUAUGCAAUCUACUGCUGGAGUUUUCACCCAGCAAAGAGCCCAUCCUGGAGUCUGGGGUGAUUGAGUUACUAUGCAGUCUGACUCAGAGUGACAGCCCUGCUCUGAGGGUAAAUGGCAUCUGGGCCCUGAUGAAUAUGGCGUUCCAGGCCGAUCAGAAGGUGAAGGUGGAGAUAGUCCGCAGUCUGGGCACAGAGCAGCUCUUCCGUCUACUCUCCGACCCUGACACCAAUGUGCUGAUGAAGACUCUCGGUUUGCUGCGAAAUCUGCUGUCAACUCGCCCGCACAUUGACCAGAUCAUGAGUUCUCAUGGGAAGCAGAUCAUGCAGGCAGUGACCCUGAUCCUGGAAGCUGAGCACAGCAUAGAGGUCAAAGAGCAGACUCUGUGCAUCCUUGCCAACAUCGCCGACGGAAACACAGCCAAGGAACUUAUCAUGACAAAUGAUGACAUGCUCCAGAAAAUUAAAUACUACAUGGGACACUCGAAUGUGAAGCUGCAGCUCGCCGCCACCUUCUGUGUCUCAAACCUGAUCUGGAAUGAGGAGGACGGUUCUCAGGAUCGCCAAGACAAACUAAGGGAGGUUGGCUUUGUGGAUGUCCUGCACAAAUUGACACAGUCAACUGAUCCAAACCUCAGCGACAGGGCGAAGACAGCGUUGCAGCAGUACCUAGCAUGACUACAGUGGGCAGCGAUCCUCUACUGCCAGCCUAACUAGCAAUCGUCUGGAGGACGCCUGCCGGUCACUGUUUGGGUUUAUUUUCGGUUUAAUAUCGAGACUUGCACAAAGACUCCUUUUUUUUUUUUUCUUGGACCUGUGGCCCACGUUUUUUCUGCCUCCUAGCCUCAGAGGUUCUACUCAGCCCUAACUCGUCCUGGAGGAAGGCUCUGAGAGUGUGGUUGUUGGAAAAGUUAGGGAAGUUUUUUUUUGUUUUUAUUUUUUCUUCUUUUUUGCUUGAGGUGAACCCUCUGGAGUUUGGUGACGUCAGAUUCCCAAAGUGCAGCCGCCUGAGAACUGAGUCACACAGGCGGUGUUUUUGGACUCCUGAUGAUGGAGAUUCUAGUGUCAGAGACGCUCAGUGCUGUUGGACAGGAGAACUUCCUGGUUUUCUUUUGGCAUUUUGAAUUAAUAUUAAUGUCUACCGAAGGCAUCACUAGCCAGGAUAUAUUUGGAAGAAAUGCCUAUUUUGAAACUUUGGGUUUUUAUUUUUUGUGGACAUAUACCUCAUAAAUAUAUAUAAAUAUAUAUAUAUAUAUAUUAAUGUAAACAUAAAUAUAUAUUUUUGGAGUUUUAUUUUGUCCCUUCUCUUCCCAUUGACUUCCUCUGCACCAUGAUUCUCAGCACAGUUGAAACAUGAUUAAACCCUGAAUUUUGUCUGCAGGGGUGAGAAAUGAAAACAAAUGUAAUGACCCAGAUUUCUAGGUUUGUUUUGUGACCAUGAAGCACUUGAAGCCUGUCAUCUCUGCCCAGUGUCCUUACAAUCCCCAUGGAAAAUGUAAUUCCAGAGCUGGUAGAGCUUAAUAUGAUCUACUCCGUUAUUAUUGAACAAGAUUAGGACUUACCAUUGCUAUCUCUGUAGCACACCCACCCCCACCCCCCACCAUCCACAGCAGCAGAAUUAAACACUUCUCUGAACGUAACCCUCAGGUGUGGGAUUUCUACUCCAUUCAGGAUGGCUCUAGUGUUGCUCUUAUGACAGUUCAUUACUGAAGCUCUGAUGGAACAAUGUUACAGAUGAAAAUAUAUGCAGAUCUGCUGAAGGAUUCCUUUGUGUUGUGUGUUAUUUCUUCUGAAAGGAGACUGCAGAGAGUUUGUUUCAGCCCCAAAUAAGAAGAGGUCGGGGGUUGCUAGUUAAUGAAUUCAUUCCUGAUACAAUUCCGCACCAUUCCAGAACCUGACUUUUGAUUUGGUACUGAGAACUGUGCAGUUGCUCCUUUUUGUCUUUUUACUGUUUAUUCUUUUGCUAAAAAAUAAAACUGUAAUAAAUUUAACCAUAUCCAAGUGUUGACUUCGUGGCAGUCAACAUCACGUCUGAGCAAGGUUAAAGAAAGACUUUUUUAUUAUUAACAAUGUGGUAUUUGUGACUCUAACGCCGUAUUGUUGACAAUAACAUAGAUGUUUUCCCAAAAAGCCUCUUUUCUAAUGUUCUUAGAAUGUGUUGCUGGUUGAAGUAAGGGAAAACCUUACAGUAUCCGGUGAAAUGAGGGUGCUAAACUAAAUGUUAAAUAUUUCUGGUUCGUCUGUGGUAAAAUAAACGUUAGUAAUUGUUAUUGUUGGAAUCACUACAUGCUCAUUAGGUUGGACUCAAUGUUGUUUACACAUCGUCUGACUUGCUUUUCUGGCUAAAAUUGUGUCAAAGCUUCCAUUAUCACAUGCAGCUCCUUGGUACCUUUUCCAGAAACGUGAGGACUGGCCAGCUUCUCUGGAAAUGGCUUCUGACUGUUACUGAUUCCGAACAGCAGUGAUGUCCUGGUUUAGUGUUUGUUACUGAACCGAUGCAUGAUCUCUGCAGAAAAUGGAAUUAAUACACUAACUGUCAAAAACUGGUUUGCACCAAGAAAGAAGGGUCCGGUUUGGCCAUUCAUUGCCUGUCAAAGGUAUUCACUUUGUCACAUUACAACUAUAAAACUUCAAUGUAUUUUUUUUUUAUUGGGAUUUCAUGUAAUAGUCCAAAACAAGGAAGCACAUAAUUAUAAAGAGGAAGGAAAAUGAUACAUAGCUUCCAUUUCUUUAUAGCUAAAUUAAUUCUGCCUCUUUUAAGCAAAUAAAGUAAAAUAACAUUUA